AUGGAAAAGGAGCUGGUCGAGUUCGUCGCUCGCGCCCUGGUAGACGAACCUGACAGCGUCGAGGUCACCGUGGUCGAAGGCGAAAAAUCGACCAUAGUGGAACUGAAGGUCGCGGACGGCGACCUGGGCAGGGUCAUCGGCAAGCAGGGGCGGAUCGCCAAGGCGAUCCGCACCAUCCUCAGCGCCGCCGGCACCAGAGCGAGGAACGGGGCGUCGCUCGUAGAGUCAUCGUAG